AGCUGGGGCAGGCAGAAGAGUUCGAGCUUGAAUCUCGUGGAGGGGGUUGGUGCACGGCUGCCCAGGCAGAAAACCAGGAGGGGAGCGGGGAAGCCCUGCUGCCGCCUCCACAUGACCCUGAUCGGCUUCAAACGAAAAAACAAACAAACAAACCCAAGAGGACUUUUCCCUUUGUUUCUCCACAUCUCCAGUCGGCUUCGCCUGAAGCCGGGACGGGGGCUGCAUUGACCGCCCCGCCCCAGACCAUCGCCCAGGAGGAGAAGGGCCUGUCCCCGCCCCCUCAGGCUCUUAUUUAACUGCGAGUCCCAACUUUCUUAGAGGCGCGUCCAGCCUCUCCGCCCUGUGCUUGGCUAACCCGGCGCUGCUGGCCUCGCUUGCUGCACCCUCAAGAUGCGCGUGGAACUGCUAUUCCCGGUAAUCCUGGCGGUCUGGGUUACCAUCUCCUGCGCAGCCAGGCCGCCUUACCAGCAGAUCCUGCACCACAGCCGAAUCCGGGGCAGGCAUCAAGGUCCCAAUGUAUGUGCUGUGCUGAAGCUUACUGGAACAAACAGGAAAUACUUGCCAAACUGCAAACUGUGGUACCAGAGGAAAAUCUGCGGCAAAUCAACAGUGAUUGCCUAUGAGUGCUGUCCUGGGUAUGAAGAAGUUCCAGGGGAAAAAGGCUGCCCAGCUGCUUUGCCUCUUGCAAACCUUUAUGAAACACUUGGCGUUGUUGGGGCCUCUACCACUCAACUCUAUUCCGCUAGCUCUAACCUGAGUGCUGAAAUCACUGGACCUGGAAGCUUCACAAUAUUUGCUCCAACCAAUGAGGCCUGGGCAUCUUUGCCUGCUGAAAUGCUGGAUUCUUUGGUGAGCAAUGUCAAUAUUGAGCUGCUAAAUGCUCUUCGCUACCACAUGGUGAAUAAACGAGUCCUGACUGAUGACCUGAAACAUGGUACACGCCUCCCUUCCAUGUACCAGAAUAUUGAUAUCCAGAUCCAUCAUUAUCCAAAUGGAAUUGUGACAGUGAACUGUGCAAGGUUAUUGAAGGCUGACCAUCAUGCUACUAAUGGAGUGGUUCAUCUCGUAGACAAAGUCAUUUCUACAACAACAAACAGUAUCCUUCAAAUUGUUGAGAUUGAAGAAACCCUUGAGAACCUUAGGGCUGCUGUGGCAGCUGCUGGUCUGAACAAUCUGUUGGACAGUGAAGGACAGUUUACCUUGUUGGCUCCUACCAAGGAGGCCUUUGAGAAGAUCCCACAAGAAACUCUAAACAGAAUCCUAGGAGAUCCAGAGGCUUUGAAAGAUCUGUUGAGCCACCACAUCUUGAAAUCAGCUAUGUGUGCUGAGGCCAUUAUUGCUGGUUUAUCUGUGGAAACGCUGGAGGGUAGCAUGCUGGAAGUGGGCUGUAAUGGUGAUGAACUGACUCUCAAUGGAAGACCCAUCAUUGCAAACAGAGAUGUCAUAGCAACCAACGGUGUGAUACACUUUGUCAACGAACUUCUGAUCCCAGACUCGGCUAAAACUUUAUUGGAAUUGGGAGAAGAAUCUGAAGUCUCAACAUCCAUGGACCUUUUAAGACAAGCUGGUCUCAGUUCCUACCUCACUGGCAGUGAACGGCUGACUCUCCUUGCCCCGACCAACUCAUUCUACAAAGAUCACACUCCUUCUGCAGACAGGAACGUGCUCCUGGAUCACAUUGUUAAAGACCAGCUUUCCUCUAAAUAUCUUUAUCAUGGACAGAUGCUAGAAACACUGAGUGGCAAGCAGCUGCGAGUAUUUGUCUACCGCAAUAAUCUCUGCAUAGAAAAUGUCUGCAUUGCAGCCCAUGACAAAAGAGGAAGAUUUGGCACCUUGUUCACUGUGGAUAAGAUGUUGACUCCCCCUGUUGGAACAGUUAUGGAUGUCCUCAAAGCAGAUGAUCGUUUCAGCACCUUAGUGGCCGCCAUCCAGUCUGCAGGCCUCACGGAAAUACUGAACAGGCCAAAGUCCUUCACAGUAUUUGCACCAACAAAUGAAGCUUUCCAAGCCAUGCCACGGGAAGAACGGGACAAACUUAUGGACAAUGCUGAAGAACUUGCCAACCUUCUGAAGUACCACAUUGGAGAUGAAAUAUUGGUUAGUGGAGCAGUUGGUGCUGUUGUACGGCUGAAGUCUCUGCAGGGUGAUAAACUUGAAGUCAGCACUAAAAGAAAUGCAAUAAAUGUCAACAAGGAGCCUGUUGCUGAGGCAGACAUUAUGGCUACUAAUGGAGUGAUUUAUGCUGUGAAUACUGUUUUACAACCACCAGCUUUUAGGCCUAAUGAAAGAGCUGAUGAGCCUGCAAAUCCUUCACUGGAAAUCUUCAGGCAUGCCUCGGCCACAUCCCAGAUUUCUCAAAGGAGUGCUCGGCUAGCUCCUCUGUAUUCCAGACUGUCAGCAAGGAUGAAACAUUAAAGUGAAAGCCAUUCUACACAUAAAGCACAAAUAGGGAUUAGCCAGAGAUUUUCCAUUGGGUUCGCUGAAAAGAAGGAUUCUGUUGUUCAUCUGUUGUUGUUUCUUUUUUAAAUAAACCAAUAAACACAAAUAUCAUGUCUUCCAAUUGAAAUGAAGGAAAGAAAAUAAAAGCCAUAUAUAUUUAACCCAUUGUUCAAUAAGGGUAAUUUUGUUCCCAGCUGAAACUAAGAAUGGGGGUGGGGGGUGGGGGCUGGGAUUUGAGGGUCAUCUCCAAAACUAUUUAAGCUCAAACUUCAAAUGUGCAAGAACUAAGAAUACCUGUGAUGGAAAGGCACACUUGGGUCCAUAUAAAUCUUCUCAGGUUAGCACUUAAACAAAUGUUGAAGACCAAGUAAAGGCUUGAAUGUGCUGUCAGAAAUGGAACAUAGAAAGCAACUGCCUGCUUAGUCAAAUCAUAUCUCCAGCCAGCCACUGUUGUCUAGUCUAACUGGUAGCAGCUCUGAGUAAUCAUUUUUUUCUCCUAGCUCUGCCCCUCAAGAUGCUUUUGGCUGGCAAUUGAAUCUCAGAUUUAUACACACUAUGCUUGCACUCUGCCAUGGAGAUGUGAAUUUUUUUUCCCAGUGGGAGGCUUUUCUAAAUUAAGACUCCUGCAACCUUGGAAAAAGGGAUUCUUGAAUAUUCUAGACUCUAACUGUCAAAAAGUCCAAAAUUAACUUAAAUUUUCCAUGAUUUUUUAAAGUCAGGCUGAACCUGCCUAAUUUACAUGGAAAACAGAGAUGGAUAGCUCAUGAGCCUAAAUUGAGGCCAAGGGGAUAAUAGCCCCUUUUCAGUAAGGAGGUAGUACAAGACAAUUAAGUGUCACAGAACCAUUUAGAAUGUUUCUGGUUAGUGUAGGCACACAGAAUCAAGUGACUCAUGUUCAGCUCUGUCAUGGGGAGGUGACCAUUUUAAAACAAUGGAACAAAGAAGCUUCGACUUUAGAAAAAGUCCAACUUUGUGACUCCUUCAUUGCCACUCUAAGCAUAGUUACAGCCUUCUAAAUACUUUGAAGUCAAUGGAUUUAGAAGAGUGUGACUGCUUAGGAUGGGACUAUUUUUGUGGUGUCCAUAUUGAUGUUGCAACCUAAGUCACCAGCUGGGAUGUUCUGAUUGAGGGAUUUUCUUGUGGAGAAGUGGGGUCCAUUGGAACUUUCAACACUAGAUGUAUUUUGUAAACAAAGAGGAGGCAUUUGAUUUCAUCACUCCAAUGUAAAAUCUUAAUUCUCUUUCCAGACAUGCCAUCACUGCAAAUAAAGCUUCAUGGAGAUAUUUUUUUAGGAACUAGAUUAUCGCUUUGGAUAGGUGGCCUGAGUAGCUUCCGUUUUGAUAUAUGACCAUCCUUGUCUCUACAGAGAAGUCUGUCCACCCCCCAGCACACAGAAAAGCCCUUUUGAAUUUCAGGAGUGUUUCUGAAGUGUUUUGUUGUGUAAUGUGGGGGCUGCUGUGAUGGGAAAUAAAAGACAAAAACCAGUGUAUAUGCUGAAAGGUGCUCUCUGAACUGUGGCCUGUACUCUUAAAGAUUCUGCAAGAUACUGUCUGAACAAUAUCAUUGAUGUACUUUUACAGGAACAUGUGGUUUUUAUUUUCUUCCGUCCUGUGCUUUGAAAAUCCUCCAUGCAAUUCUGCAUUUUAACUUUUUUUUUAGAGCCUCAUGGUUGAUAUUACAAAACUUGCAUUGUAUAAGCUAUGGUUUGAUCAGUGCUGUCAAUUAGUUUCUGUUUACGCAUAUGGUUCUUACUUAAGUAUCUUUUGCUCUGUGGAAGACCAAAAAGACAACAAAUCUGUAAUGUGGUCCUAGAACCCCCCUCCCCUUCUUUCACCAGAACAUCCAAAUAAACAAUUCCUUUGUAAUAAAA